AGAGCUUCUUAUCAAAUCUGGGAAAAGCAGCCAAGAUUGAUCAAAUAACUACAUAAUUUCCAUGCUAUACUGCAUCUGUGUAAAUUAUAAUGGCAACAUCAUCAUUUUAAUACUCGUCUAGUUAAUAACUUCUUGACUGCUUUCUUGUGUCUGUGCAGUUGCAGGGAUUAAGGGAGAUGGGCCACAGUACGGUGAUGCAGGUCCAAACUGUCUCCUCCAGCCCAGUGACUAUGGGCCAGAUUAUGGUGAUGCAGGUCCAAACUGUCUCCUCCAGCCCAGUGACUAUGGGCCAGAUUAUGGUGAUGCUGGUCCAAACUGUCUCCAGCCCAGUGACUAUGGGCCAGAUUAUGGUGAUGCUGGUCCAAACUGUCUCCAGCCCAGUGACUAUGGGCCAGAUUAUGGUGAUGCUGGUCCAAACUGUCUCCAGCCCAGUGACUAUAACAAGGCAGGCUUGGGAUUGGUUCAGUGAUAAACAGUACUAUGUUUGUGCACCCUGCAACAGAUUAAGUUUAGUCACAUUGCACUUAUAUAGUGAGUUAUUGUCUUGUUGCAGCAUGUUGAACCCAUCUUAUAUCACAGUUCUGUUGUUUUGUUGCAGCAUGUUGAACCCAUCUUAUAUCACAGUUCUGUUGUCUUGUUGCAGCAUGUUGAACCCAUCUUAUAUCACAGUUCUGUUGUCUUGUUGCAGCAUGUUAAACCCAUCUUAUAUCACAGUUCUGUUGUCUUGUUGCAGCAUGUUGAACCCAUCUUAUAUCACAGUUCUGUUGUAAAUCAGAACUGUGGAUCGUCAGAGAGGAUGUUCUCCAGCAGAGCAGCUGAGGUUAAGGAGCAGCAGGGAAACCCAUCACAGCAAACAUCUACACCCCACAAAGCCAUUCAAAAAGAUCCCCGAAAAAGGAGAGAUAUUUUUGACCUGCUCUUGCAGAAUGAGCCCUUUGACUUGGAUGGCAUGCUAGGUUUAGGGUUAGCUGCUCAGCUAACAUGCCAUCCUGAGCCAGGUCAGUGCCCAGCUGUGGAAAGUUCUGAUGCAGAUUUCCUGUCGGAGGAAACAGACAUUGGAGGACCGAGCGAGAGUCUGAAACGCUGCCAGGAGACACCACUGACAAAGCUGCAGCAUCAGCAGAAUGGCAGCACGAGUGGAGGAGGCUGCCUCUAUGAAGGGAUGAAAGUAGUAGAUGGAGGAGGCUGCCUCUAUGAAGGGAUGAACCCAACCAACAGUGAUGAAAGAGAUGUCCAGGUAGUGACCUCGGGAGCGUUGCCUCAGAAACAAAGUGAAGCCGAUGUGAGAGACCCCUUCAAAGUCACGCCAGAGGAAGCUGUUACCUCCAGCCCAGCACCACCAGAGGAAGCUGUUACCUCCAGCCCAACACCACCAGAGGAAGCUGUUACCUCCAGCCCAACACCACCAGAGGAAGCUGUUACCUCCAGCCCAGCAUCACCAGAGGAAGCCCAGCCAGACAUGAAAGAGCAGACUUGCUAUGCCGGUUCUCCGUCUCUGCUUGAACAAGACGCCAGCAGGCAAGAAGCUCUCAACAAGUGGUUGAGUCGUCCACCAAGCAAGGCAGUGUCACAGGAGGAUGGUGUUGUUGAAUGCCAACAGCAGGAGAGAGCUCCAGAAGUGUCUGAUGUUUUAAGAGCCAUCCACGCCCCUACUGAAGACUCAGCAUUUACUGAGACCCAUAUCGACACGCCGGACGUUGCCAGGCCAAGGAGCAGAGAAGCGGACAGCGAGGACCCAAACAUCUGUCGCUCCUCGGCCUCCCCAGACCCUGACCACUGUCCCAUCACUGGGGGGCUGAGUCCUGAACACUCAGUCACUAAAGACCCAGGACACUCAGCUGACCCAUCCGGCCAUGACGACGACGAGGUAGAGUCCGACUCGGACUGCACCAUGAUAUACGAGCCGGGCCAAUCAGAGCAGCUGUCAGGAGGACGUAAGGGCGCUCACCUCCAAUCAGAUCGGGCCUUCAGCUCCAAAAGAGACAAUGCCAUACUGAUGGACGGUCCAAAUCUCCCCGUGGAAGGCGUGAGCGUGAAAGCUACGCAGAGCUGCCGAGAGGAACCUGACAGAAACCACUCAUCAAGUUUAUCUUCAUCAACGGAAGAUUCCAGAAGCCUGCUCACCCCGUCACACUACCAAGUUAGAGGUGACAGAGAGGACGGGAAACCUCAGGUUGAGACACAAGCUGCUGCUGGGCCAGAGGGACGCUCUGCUGGGCCAGGGGGACGCUCUACUGGGCCAGAGGGACGCUCUACUGGGCCAGGGGGACGCUCUACUGGGCCAGGGGGACGCUCUACUGGGCCAGGGGGAUGCUCUGCUGGUUGCUCUGCUGGGCCAGGGGGACGCUCUGCUGGGCCAGAGGGACGCUCUACUGGUCCAGGGAGAUGCUCUGCUGGUUGCUCUGCUGGGCCAGGGGGACGCUCUGCUGGUUGCUCUGCUAGGCCAGAGGGACGCUCUGCUGGCUCUGCUGGGCGGCGCAAGAGGAGACCGAAAAGCAUCAGAUCCAGGUUUGGACCAGGACCUUCAAAACCACCCAACCCGUGGAAGUCACCCCACGAAUGGGCCCAGGCCAACAGCACUAAGUCAGGUCCUUUAGGAGGAACCAAAAUCCUGCCGAGAAAUGUUCACAAGAGGAAUGGACUUGGUGAGACUCACCUGCACUUAGCUUGCAAGAAAGGAGACCUGCUUCACGUCAAAGCUCUUAUUGAGGCUGGAAUAAACGUCAAUGAGAAAGAUAAUGCAGGCUGGGCAGCACUGCACGAGGCGAGCGCGGGGGGAUUCGGGCUGGUGGUGGAGGAGCUGCUGAAGGCCGGAGCUGACGUGACCAGCCAGGGCCUGGAGGGCCUCACGCCCCUGCACGACGCUGCCGCCUCCGGACACGCACAGGUGGUGAGUCUGCUGCUGCAGCAUGGCUCCAGCCCUGGGGCCAGGUCUGCUGUGGGCCUCAGCCCGCUGGAUGUAGCGCGAGGAGCAGACGUCCGAGAGCUGCUGUCCACCUUCCAGCCCGUCACCCCCCUCAGACACGCCCCCUCAGGUGAUCACACCCCCUCAGACACGCCCCCUCAGGUGAUCACACCCCCUCAGACACGCCCCCUCAGACACGCCCCCUCAGGUGAUCACACCCCCUCAGACACGCCCCCUCAGGUGAUCACACCCCCUCAGAUACGCCCCCUCAGACACGCCCCCUCAGGUGAUCACACCCCCUCAGACACGCCCCCUCAGGUGAUCACACCCCCUCAGACACGCCCCCUCAGGUGA